AAAAACAAAUUUUUAAUCGGGAAAAAGGAAGAAAGAAGUUUGAGAAAUCUGGUCCGACCCCUGUUCUCUGUCUCUCUGACAUAAACAAGCCCACCACACCAUUACCACACUCUACUCUCUGCUCCCCCUCCCUCCCACUCUCAUUACUCUCUGCUGCCUGCUUCCUUCUCCCUUCUCCCUCCUUCUCUCGAGCUCCGAGAGAGAGAGAGAGAGAGAGAGCCCUUUUCGCAUAUACCAAUAUAGCAAGAAAGAAAGAGAAAGAGGGAAAUAGAGACGUUGGUCUGUGUCUCCUCCUCCACCGUACGAUUCGCUUUGGAAACCAUAAUAAGGACCUCGAGGGUGAGUGAAUUGCUACUUGCUGGGGCGCUUCAACAGAGAUAGAGAAGAAGAAACACAGAGCAAGCAGCAGAUACAGAGAGGGAGUGGAGAAAGAAGAAGCAGUAAUGGCGAGUAAGGGAGGAGGAGGAGAAGAAGAAGGAUACAAGCUAGUUUUCGCUGUUUCUCUGUUGCUGUUUUCGCUUCCGGUUCUGUGUAGAGGAAGCAUAGUGGGAGUUUGUUACGGAAGAAAUGCCGACGAUCUUCCUACGCCUGAUAAAGCCGUGGACCUCAUUCAGCAGCAUAACAUCAAGUACGCGAGGAUAUACGAUGCGAACAUCCAAGUUCUCAAGGCAUUCGCCAACACUGGGAUCGAGCUCAUGAUCGGGAUAUCAAACUCUGACUUGCUCCCUUUCUCCCAGUUCCAAUCCAAUGCCGACACGUGGCUCAAGAACAACAUUCUCCCGUACUACCCCGCCACAAAGAUCACAUACAUCACAGUUGGUGCAGAAGUCACUGAAGCACCGAGCAAUGAAUCAGCUCUGGUUGUACCCGCGAUGCACAACAUCCUCACGUCGCUUAAAAAGCUCGGCUUGCACAAGAAGAUUAAGGUUUCAACCACGCAUUCCCUCGGCGUCUUGUCUCGUUCUUUCCCACCUUCAGCUGGUGCCUUCAGCAGCAAGCAUGCGUUCUUCCUUAAACCUUUACUGGAGUUCCUUGCCGAUAACCAAUCCCCUUUCAUGAUUGACAUCUACCCUUACUAUGCAUUCAGAGAUUCACCAAACAACGUGUCCUUGGAUUAUGCCUUGUUCCAGUCCUCCUCUGAAGUUAUUGACCCGAACACUGGCUUGCUCUAUACCAACAUGUUCGAUGCCCAAAUAGAUGCUCUCUAUUUCGCAUUGAUGGCCCUCAACUUCAGAACAAUCAAGGUUAUGGUGACUGAGACAGGGUGGCCAUCGAAAGGGUCGCCUAAGGAGACCGCCGCAACUCCUGAUAAUGCCCAAAUCUACAAUGCCAACUUGAUCCGACACGUGGUCAAUGACACAGGGACUCCUGCCAAGCCAGGGGAGGCUGUGGAUACAUACAUCUUCUCGCUGUUCAACGAGAACAGGAAGCCUGGGUUGGAGUCGGAGAGAAACUGGGGUCUGUUUUAUCCUGAUCAGACGAGUGUUUACAAUCUGGAUUUUAGUGGGAGAGGUGCUGUGGCAGGCAUGCCAUCGCCGAGCUCGAAUGGGAGUGCCAGUGGUUUCAAUGGGGCUACUAAGACUUGGUGCAUUGCUUCCAGUAACGCAACACAGCUUGAUUUGCAGAAUGCAGUUGACUGGGCGUGUGGUACUGGGAACGUGGAUUGCUCCCCUAUUCAGCCGAGUCAGCCUUGUUUCCAGCCGGAUAAUCUGGCUUCUCAUGCCUCUUAUGCUUUCAAUGUUUACUACCAGCAGAAUGGAGCUACUGAUAUCGCUUGCACUUUUGGUGGCACCGGAAUUAGAGUUGACAAGGAUCCAAGAGCAACAAAACUGGAGCUGGUAACACAACAGCUAUGACAUCAUCAUCCUCUAAAACAUCGUCGUCGUCACGGAGUCUGUCUAGGAAGUGGGCCUACAGCUUGAUUAUUGCAAUUCUUCUUCGGCUUCUGUGUUGAAGGUAAAAUGUAAGCAUAGAAGGCGUCCGUGCAAGUGAAGGAAGAGAUUCUUUGUUUUUGUAACCAGUAGGGGGCUGGUUUGUAGGACCAUGGAAGGAAAAAGACCUCUAGCCUGUAAAGCUCUUGUGGUUCGACGGCCCCAAUGGUGUUGUAUGAUAUAAUGAUCUUGAUGUAUCGAUGUUAGUUUUAGGAGAGAGGAUGGUAUGCAAAGACGAAUCCAUCUCUUGUAUUUUCGUUCUAGUCUUGAUCUAAUUCGAAAGAAAUUGUUCCCCUUUGAUGAUAUCAUCCUUCACCCAGCUCUUUCUGGCUGGCUUUCGGAUAAGGAUAGUAAAGCGUUUCUCGCGG